GCAGCCUAUAGGAGGCUAGUCUUAGAGGAGUAUAAACUGGGAGGGGAACUGGUCCAACUGGUUGGUUCACAGCAACAUUACCUUGUUAUGAGUCGGACGGUUUGCUGCGACUCACUUCAUUACAGCAGGAAGAAGACUAAGGUCUCCAGUCUACUAUGGAUGAGGAGAGAGAGGAGGGGGCUCCUACCUCUAAAACCACUCUGUCUGGGGAACCUGGCCGCCAGAGCAAAGCUAAGAGCCCAGAGCAGCAGGAGAGAGCAGACUCUCCUGGACCCAGCUGUGUCUCCUUGAAGAGUGACUGGUCUAUGGAACAUGGUCCUGACUUCAGUAAAGAUGGACUCCCCUCCAGAGAGGAGAGCCCAGAGCAGCAGGAGAGAACAGACUCCCCCGGACCCAGCUGUGUCUCCAUGAAGAGCGACUGGUCUAUGGAUCAUCCUCUUGUCCAAUUUAAAGAUGGAAAUCAGUCUAUUGAGAAGAGCUCUCCCCAGCAGGAGAGAGCAGACUCCCCUGGACCCAGCUGUGUCUCCUUGAAGAGUGACUGGUCUAUGGAACAUGGUCCUGACUUCAGUAAAGAUGGACUCCCCACCAGUGAGGAGAGGCGACACCAGGAGAGUUCAAAGGUUACCAGUGCUCCGUCUCUACGAAAGCAGAAAGAAGAGCAGAUCAAGCUGGCUGAGGAGACUGCACACACUUUUCUAGACAAGGAGCUGAAGAAGCUCUGGAGGGAUCUCUUCUCAGAUGACCCACAAUGCUCAGAGAGUCAGAGGGAGGAGGAUUUUAAGAACAAGGAACAGAGGAGGCGCGCCAUACAGGGAGUGGUAGACAUCGCAAAGCUCUGCCUGAUGGAGAUUAACGAGGAGGACCUGGCCAACAAACUGGGGAGUGGAGCUGAUGAUGUCCAGUCAAGUCCACUCCAGUCUCAUCUGAAGGAGAGGUUCCAGCAUGUGUUUGAGGGAAUCCCUAAACCAGGAAAGCAGAGACCUCUGAAUGAGAUCUAUACAGAGCUCCUCAUCACAGAGAGAGGCAGUGGAGAGGUCAACAAGGAACAUGAGGUCAGACAGAUUGAAAAGGCUUCGCGGAAGCCAGCCAAUGAGGAAACACCAAUCAGAUGUGAAGACAUCUUUAAACCCUUACCUGGACAAGCUAAACCAAUUAGAAAAAUAAUGACUACCGGAGUGGCUGGCAUUGGUAAAACCUUCUUAACACACAAGUUCACUCUGGACUGGGCUGAAGGCAAAGCCAACCAAGAGAUAGACUUCAUAUUUCUCCUCACUUUCAGGGAGCUGAAUUUAUUGAAAGGGAAAGAGUUUAGCUUACUGGAACUUCUUCAUCAGUUUUCUGUUGAACCCAAAAAAGCAAAAAUCAACAGAUAUGAUCAUGACCAAGUAGUCGUCAUCUUGGAUGGUCUGGAUGAGUGUCGACUUCCUCUGGACUUCCAGAACAACCCGAUCUGGACUGAUGUCACCGAACCGACCUCAGUGGACGUGCUGCUGACAAACAUCAUCAGGGGAGCCCUGCUUCCCUCUGCUCGCAUCUGGAUAACCACACGCCCUGCGGCAGCCAAUCAGAUCCCUGCUGAGUGUGUUGACUUGGUGACAGAGGUGAGAGGGUUCAACGACCCACAGAAGGAGGAGUACUUCAGGAAGAGAUUCAGAGAGGGGAAACUGGCCAGCAAAAUCAUCCCUCACGUCAAGGAAUCUCGAAGCCUCCACAUCAUGUGUCACAUUCCAGUCUUCUGUUGGAUCACUGCAACAGUUCUAGAGGACUUCUUCAAAACAUCCAAGGGAGGAGAAGAGGUGCCCAAGACCGUGACUCAGAUGUACAGCCACUUCCUGAGGGUUCAGACCAUACAGGGGGACAGGAAGUAUCGUGAGAGAGCUGAAACAGAUCCACACUGGAGUUCAGAGAGUAAGGAGAUCAUUGUUUCUCUGGGGAAACUGGCUUUUAAGCAGCUGGAGAAAGGCAACCUGAUCUUCUAUGAGGCAGACUUGGCAGAGUGUGGCAUCGAUAUCAGAGCAGCCUCAGUGUACUCAGGAGUGUUCACCCAGAUCUUUAAAGAGGAGUGUGGGCUGUACCAGGAAAAGGUGUUCUGCUUUGUCCAUCUGAGCAUCCAGGAGUUUCUGGCUGCCCUUUAUGUCUUUCUGUCCUACAUCAACACUGGUGUCAACCUGCUCUUAGAAGAACAGCCAACCUCCAGGGAUGCUGAACUCCUCCUCCUCUACCAGAGUGCUGUGGACAAGGCCAUAGAGAGUAAGAACGGACACCUGGACUUGUUCCUCCGCUUCCUCCUGGGCCUCUCUCUAGAGACCAAUCAGAUGCUCCUGAAAGGUCUGCUGGGACCAAGAGAAAAUACAUUACUGGGCAAUCUGACUAAAAAGGUGCUGCCGGGACAGACAGGAGGAAGGUUACGUAGCAAUACCCAAAUAGUCCAUUACAUCAAGAAGAAGAUAGGUGGAGAUCUCUCUCAAGAGAGAAGCAUCAAUCUGUUCCACUGUCUGAAUGAGCUGAACGACCGUUCUCUGGUGGAGGACAUCCAACAGUACCUGACAUCAGGAAGUAUCUCCACAGAAUCUCUCUCCUCUGCUCAGUGGUCAGCUCUGGUCUUCAUCUUACUGACAUCAGAAGUUGAGCUGGACGUGUUUUACUUGAGGAAAUACUCUGCUUCUGAGGAGGGUCUUCUGGGGCUGCUGCCAGUGAUCAAAGCCUCCAAAACAUCUCUGCUGAGUGGAUGUAAGCUGUCAAAGAGAUGCUGUGAAGCUCUGGCCUCAGUUCUCAGCUCCAACUCCUCUAGUCUGAGAGAGCUGGACCUGAGUUCAAAUGAUCUGCAGGAUUCAGGAGUGAAGCUGAUCUCUGCUGGACUGGGAAGUCCACACUGUGCACUGGAAACUCUCAGGCUGAUCGGCUGUGAUCUGUCAGAGGGAUGCUGUGAAGCUCUGGCCUCAGUUCUCAGCUCCUACUCCUCUUGUUUAAGAGAGCUGGACCUGAGUACCAAUGGUCUGAUGGAUUCAGGAGUGCAGCUGCUCUCUGCUGGACUGGGGAGUUCACACUGUACACUGGCAACUCUCAGGCUGAAUAGCUGUCGUCUGUCAGAGAGAUGCUGUAAAGCUCUGGCCUCAGCUCUCAGCUCCAACUCCUCUAGUCUGAGAGAGCUGGAUCUGAGUACGAAUGAUCUGCAGGAUUCAGGAGUGAAGCUGCUCUCUGCUGGACUGGGGAGUCCACACUGUACACUAGAAACUCUCAGGCUGAAUGGCUGUCAGCUGUCAGAGAGAUGCUGUGAAGCUCUGGCCUCAGUUCUCAGCUCCAACUCCUCUCGUCUGAAAGAGCUUGACCUGAGUACCAAUGAUCUGCAGGAUUCAGGAGUGAAGCUGCUCUCUGCUGGACUGGGGAGUCCACACUGUACACUGGAAACUCUCAGGCUUAAUGGCUGUAUGCUGUCAGAGAGAUGCUGUGAAGCUCUGGCCUCAGUUCUCAGCUCCAACUCCUCUAAUCUGAGAGAGCUGGACCUGAGUACCAAUGAUCUGCAGGAUUCAGGAGUGAAGCUGCUCUCUGCUGGACUGGAGAGUCCACACUGUACUUUGGAAACUCUCAGGCUGAAUGGCUGUGGUCUGUCAGAGGAAUGCUGUAAAGCUCUGGCCUCAGUUCUCAGCUCCAGCUCCUCUAGUCUGAGGGAGCUGGACCUGAGUACCAAUGAUCUUCAGGAUUCAGGAGUGAAGCUGCUCUCUGCUGGACUGGGGAGUCCACACUGUACACUGGAAACUCUCAGGCUGAAUGGCUGUCAGCUGUCAGAGAGAUGCUGUGAAGCUCUGGCCUCAGCUCUCAGCUCCAACUCCUCUAGUCUGAAAGAGCUGGACCUGAGUACCAAUGAUCUGCAGGAUUCAGGAGUGAAGCUGCUCUCUGCUGGACUGGGGAGUCCACACUGUACACUGGAAACUCUCAGGCUGAAUGGCUGUAAUCUGUCAGAGAGAUGCUGUGAAGCUCUGGCCUCAGUUCUCAGCUCCAACUCCUCUAGUCUGAGAGAGCUGGACCUGACCUCCAAUCGUCUACAGGAUUCAGGAGUGAUUCUGCUGUCUGGUGGACUGGGGAGUCCACACUGUAUACUGGAAACUCUCAGGCUGAGUGGCUGUGAUAUGUCAGGGAGAUGCUGUGAAGCUCUGGCCUCUGCUCUCAGCUCAAACUCCUCUAGUCUGCGAGAGCUGGACCUGAGUUCCAAUCGUCUGCAGGAUUCAGGAGUGAAGCUGCUCUCUGCUGGACUGGGGAGUCCAAACUGUGCACUGGAAACUCUCAGGCUGAAUGGCUGUUGUCUGUCAAAGCGAUGCUGUGAAGCACUGGCCUCAGUUCUCAGCUCCAACUCCUCUAGUCUGAGAGAGCUGGACCUGAGUACCAAUGAUCUGCAGGAUUCAGGAGUGAAGCUGCUCUCUGCUGGACUGGGGAGUCCACACUGUACACUGAAAACUCUCAGGCUGAGUGGCUGUCAGAUGUCAGAGAGAUGCUGUGAAGCUCUGGCCUCAGUUCUCAGCUCCAACUCCUCUAGUCUGAGAGAGCUGGACCUGAGUACCAAUGAUCUGCAGGAUUCAGGAGUGAAGCUGCUCUCUGCUGGACUGGGGAGUCCACACUGUACACUGGAAACUCUCAGAUUGUCUGGGUGCCAGAUCACACAGGAAGGCUGUGCUUCUCUGGCCUCAGCUCUGAGCUCCAACCCCUCCCAUCUGAGAGAGCUGGACCUGAACUACAAUCACCCAGGAGACUCAGGAGCUGCGCUGCUCUCUGCUGGACUGGAGGAUCCACACUGGAGACUGGACACUCUCAGUGUGGAGCACGUUGGAGUGUGGAGGCUGAAACCAGCUCUAAAGAAGUAUGCCUGUGAACUCACACUGGACCCAAACACAGCCCACGAACUACUCUCUCUGUCUGAGGACAACAUAAGGGUGACGCGGGUUAAAGAGAAACAGUCGUAUACGAAUCACAAAAUUAGAUUUCAAUAUUGGGCCCAGGUGUUGUGUAGAGAGGGUCUGACUGGUUGCUGUUACUGGGAGGUAGAGUGGGUAGGAGAUGUUGAUAUAGGAGUGGCAUACAGAGGAAUCUCAAGGAAAACAGUGGGUGGUUACAGCAAGCUUGGAUGGAACAACAAGUCCUGGGGUCUUGUUUGUGGUGAUGAUCAUUACGAUGCCUAUCACAACGGUAGUGGAACAUCCAUACGUCUCCCCCCCCCUCGCUCUAACAGAGUAGGAGUGUAUCUGGACCGGCCUGCUGGCUCUCUGUCCUUCUACCGAGUGUCCCCAGGUGGAGGAGGGUCCUCAGACACACUGACACACAUCCACACCUUCCAGGCCUCCUUCACCCAGGAUGACCUCCUCCCUGGGUUUAAGUUAAAUACGCUUGGUUCCUCAGUGUCUCUGUGUCCAGGGGCAGACUGGCCACCGGCAGGAUCGGGAUGUUUCCCGAGCGGCCGGACGAUAUCAGGCCGAGCUGGCUGGCGGUCAUUUUUUAAUAAAAAAAAAAAGUAGUGUAAUACGUGACUUGGGCCGGACUGCUUAAUAUUAGCAAACAGCGCGAAACGGAGCUCUGGCCUGCCGUUAAAACGAGGCCGAUGUAUAACUGUCAAUUUAGAGGGGGGAUAACUUUUAAACACAGUGUAUGGGGGCAAAGCGUGCGGCUGAACAGCCCCUCCCAACUUGGCAGUAGGGCCGAACUCUCUGAGUGGCCAACGACGUGCGUCGCGACGUAGGUCGCAUUGGUCGCUGUGUUGGUCGCUCGUCUGGCUGCUUUCAGUCGCUGUGGUCACUGGCUGGCUCGCUCAAAGGCUAUAUAAUCAGUUGAUUUGCAUGUUAACGUUUUUUUUGCGACAGUUAGCCAUGCUCUCUGGCGAAAGCUACCUACAGCUCUUUAUUGCUAAUAUUGUUUCAAUAUUUUUCUAUUGAAGUACAGUUUAAAUGAUGAAAUCAUUGGUCUAUCAGUAUCAAUAAAAUAUAUUAGUUGUAAUUUGGGGCUUCUUCGUUAUAGAGUGAUUAAGAUAAAUAUAAGUGCAAUAAUUUGAAGCCACUGCCACAGUGUUACAAGCGGUAGUCACGCUAGGUUAGUAAUCAUGAAGACCGUUGUUCGAUUCUCUCCACGGAUUGUCAUGUUUUUGCUCUUUUAGUCAAACUUAUUGACGCAAUCUGCCUCUUUCAUUUUAACAUUUUUGUAUGUUUUAGUACGAUGGCAUGAUAAUUAUACGGCAUAAUGACGGGCUGCGACGCCUGGCUGGUAUCGGCUGGCUGGCUGCGACGACAGGCCAGCCACGGCUGGCCGCUGUCUGCCGCUGGCUGCCGCUGGCCACUGGCCGCUGGCUGCCGCUGGCAGCUGGCUCUGGCAGGCUGACCGACUAGGUCGCGACCAUAAAAGCAUUGCGACCCUUUUGGCGGCAAAUAGGUCGCAACCAACCAGAGGUAUGACUGAAUGAGCGACCUGUGGCAGCCAGCCAUUGUCACCAUGGCAGCUACCAUAACCAAAAGCCUAUAUGUUAUCAGUUAACAUCUCAUUGAACAGAAUAAAUAUACGUGCGUCAGUAUAAUAAAAAAUAAUAAUAUAUACCUAGCUUAGAUAUUUAUAGGCCUUUUUAUAAUAUAAAUAAUAGGCCUAUUGGUCUAUCCAUCUAUAUUUAAUUAAUUUUGAAUUAACUUUGUAAUACAGUGAUGUUUACAAUAUUUAUAUUGACUAUAUUGUAUAGCCUAUUGGUUUGAUAAAUGUCAAAGACUAAUAAAAUAUCCCAUGAAGAAAGUUAUAGUGUAAUAUACUUUGAUAUAAGUGUAACAAAACAAAUAAAAACUUGUGUCACGAAAUGUGUUACGAAUCAUGA